AGUCCCAGUCAGACCUGUUUCUCUCUACAGGCAGAUCUCAGCUGGGGAGGAAGCAGAGAGGAAGAAUUUAUCUGGAGGGGGAGAGAUAAACAACGACGGAGACAUGACCGAGCAAUACUAGCAAAUACUCUGCAGGAAACUUACCAGGAAAUAAUAGAGAAUAUUCUAUUGCAAUAGCUAACACAGGGUAUCAGCCUGGCAAUCAGGUAAACCAACACUACAGCACAGAAACAAAUAGGGUAUAAAAUAAUAUGGCGCAAGUUUUUAGGGGGCAUUGAAGUGCAGGCUGAAGACGCCAGGCUUUUUCAAAAGGAUUUCUAGCUGUUCUGAGGGUGGAAAUAUGGCUACAUUAAGUCCAGAUGGACUGGACUAUAACUCAUUUCCACUUAUUGCUCUGAACUACACUACCAGGCAUAAGUUGUCAUUAUAUUUGAACCCUGAUGCAGUGACAGCUUCCAACUGGACCAUUCUUGCAGAAGAAAUGGGUUAUAACUAUCUAGAGAUAAAGAAUUUUGUGAGAUUUCCUGAUCCAACCACCUCACUUCUGGAUGACUGGCAGAAAAAACAUUCAAACGCAACUGUUGGAGGACUACUGAACCUUCUGCAGAAGAUUGAAAGGGAUGAUAUUCUCACAGAUGUCACUCCUUUAAUAGAUAAAGAUUGUCAGAAGUAUUUAAGAAAGACCAAAGAUUCAAGCAAGUCGCCACCGUUACAAGUUGAAACCGUGGAUAGCAGUGAGGGAAAGUGCAUCACCACACAUGAUGACCCUUCAGGACAUCUGCCCGAGCUGUUUGAUGCAUUCAUCUGCUACUGUGCCCAGGAUAUAAGCUUCGUACAGGAAAUGAUCAUUAAACUGGAGCAGACGGACCAUAACCUGAAGUUGUGUGUGUUUGAUAGAGACGUCCUCCCUGGCACAUGCCUGUGGUCUAUAACAAGUGAACUUAUUGAAAACAGGUGUAGGAAGAUGGUGGUGGUUAUAUCUGAUGAUUAUCUAGACAGCAAUGAGUGUGAUUUCCAGACAAAAUUUGCUCUCAGUCUUGGACCAGGUGCUCGAGAGAGAAGACUAAUUCCAGUGAAGUACAAACCCAUGAAGAGACAGUUUCCCAGCAUCCUCCGGUUCAUUACAGUGUGUGAUUACACAAAUCCUCAUAUUCAAGGAUGGUUUUGGGACAGGCUCGCCAAGGCUCUAAAGAAAUGAGCAGUAAAGUCUUGAGCCUUCUAAUGCUUCUUUGGGCUCAACUGGGUGAUCUCAGGGAUCCUUUCAUUCCUAGCUUUCCCUGCUUCCUCUUCUUAUGAGGAGCUGCUUUAUCAGGUCAAGUUCUUAAACACAGGUAUAUGUGUAUAUGCAGAGUGGUACAAUUGCUGUGGUACUGCCAUGAAUGUUCUAUAUAACGCCAUGGCCUUAGUUAACCACAUACUUUAAUGAGCAGUGGUGUGGCAAGCAAUCAGAAGCCUAUUUGGCAGUGAAAUUGUGUUUCCUUUUUGGCUACUACUGGGAAUUGUGUUCCUUUUUGCUAUUGCAGUGUACUGCAAGGCCUAAUGUUAGGUUUAUCUGCUAUAUAAUUUGCAGUUCCUAUUGUAAAUUGUCAAAGGAGGAAUUUUUCACACAAUUGCAUGAUAGUGUUAAUAUUUCAAGUGACCCUGUUGGUCAUAUUUAAAGCGGUAGUAAAAUUGCAUCCUUUAAAAAAAAAAAAAAAAAAAACCUGCAACACAAUGGCAUAUUAUGCAUACUAGCACAUUAUGAAAUACUUGCCUUAGAACGAAGCCAUCCAGCUGCGCGCUGUCACUGCUGACAGGGCUUCCGUCUACACCCAGUCUUUGGGGUUCAUGUGCUCCAGCCAUCUGACUGGCCAAACCGUGAUUAUAUCGCUCCUGCGCAUGCAUGGGAGUCACGGCCGUGACACGGAGCUCUGAAGGGACAGCACAGGUAUCCUGUCCCCUCAGAGCGUGUGCGCUGGUGACAUCACAGUGUGAAUAUCUCCUAAACGGUGCAUGUUUAGAAGAUAUUCACUGUAACUACAGGUAAGUCUUAUUAUAGGAAAUUUAGAAAAAAGUUUACUACCGCUUUAAUGAGGCUUGUCAAAUGCCCUGUGUGUGCAUUGUUUUUCUAUUUGAGGGAGGCUGUAGGCGGAUCUGGAUUCCAGAUCAUUUCUGUGAUCCUGUGAAAGAAAAUGCACCAACCCUCACCCCCUCCUAAGUAUGCAAUUUUUGGACAGGGGGGACAGUAAGCCCAAGAUCAAAGGGUGCGUCACCACAAAGGUAUUCAUGGGGCAACAUUGGUAUCUGCUCAUAGGCAAGGUGUAUAUUUCUCAGACAGAUGUCUUUUUAAAUUCUGGCUUAUUUUGAUGCUCAAGGGGCAAUCCUGGAUCUGUUGGUGCACCAGUGCUGGAAAUUACAUUUACUUGGCUUUAUAACAACUCUUUGCAGCCACUUUCAACCUCUGGGUACUCCAUAUAAGCAAGUGUUGCCAUACUAGUUGGCGGACAACUGUAAAUUACUGCCAUUGCAAUACUCCAGAAAGCCUUCCCCAUUUUUUUUAAUGAAGCUGACAGAUGAAUACAUGUGCCAAGAUAUGCUCAGACCUUAGAUAUCAUGGUGGUCCUGCUGUUUAACAAACUCUGAUUUGGGAAUUCUUAUGUUUUGGAAUAAUGCCUAAUUUACUAAUCUACAUGCAAUCCCCGUUCUUGAAUAAAAAAAUAACUAUACACCUUUCUUAAGGUAUGGCAUGUUAUUAACUAUAUGCUAGGAAAUUUUUGACUUUUUAUGUGUACGUUUUAGUACUACAAUUCUGUCCUCAUCCAUUGCAAACUCCUUGUCGAAUGCACCAGGACCAAACUUUUAAUAUAGCUAAUAAAUGCUAAUUGUAAUACACAUCGUGCUUGCACCUCUAUUAAAUCGUAUCCAUAUGUCCGCUAAAUGCCACCAUAAAAAAAACAUUUAUUGGUUAAAAAUAAAAUAUUGGGUUCCGUCAUACACUGGUGUGAGCUCUAUGGAUAGAUUGCAGAUGCAUCGAUGAAUAAAUAAAGCAUAUGUGCUUUAAUCAUGUACCGUUCUGGGACCCAAUUUAUUUUUUAUUUUAUUUUUUAACUGAAAGGCUGUCCCUUUCCAAACAUUCAACCCCACUUUCUCCCACUUAACAGUUUUUCUCCUAUUUUCCUCUCUCCCUUCUUCUCUUAUAUUCUCCUUCAAUCAUGUUUUGUUUUUCUAUUCUGAUUCCCUGUAAGUUCCUCCUGUACUCUCAUUGUCUGUGUACUGCCUUCUUCUAAAAUACCCUGAAUUAUCAAAUCAUAACAGAAGGGCUGCCUGACUUACAGAAACCUGACCCCAUGCAAAAAUACUGUUCUGAUGUUUUUAUCACAGGAAUAACUUAGUUUCAAUCAUUAAGACCCCUUUCACACUGAAGGCAUUUUGGCGCCAAAAAUAGUGCCUUUAAAGCACCUGAAAAGCGCCUCUCAAGCCUCCCCAGUGUGAAAGCCCGAGUGCUUUCACACUGGGGCGGUGCUCUUGCAGGACGAGAAAGAAAAGUCUUGCAAGCAGCAUCUUUGGGGCGGUGAGAGAGCGGUGUAUUCAUCACUCUACUCAUUGAAAUAAAUGGGCAGCGCUGGCAAAGCUCCUCAGCAGCGCCCCAACAUGGCGCUAUUAACCCUUUCGUCAGCCGCUAGCGGGGGUUAAAAGCACCCCGAUAUCAGCAGGAUAAUGCCGUUAUAACACGGUAAAGCACUGCUAAAUCUAACAGCGCUUUACCGCUAACGCCCGCACCGUCCCAGUGUGAGAAGGGGUCUCUUUCCUAUAUCUUUUCUGUAUAUGUCAGAGUUCUUUUAGAGUCGCCUUAUGCAUUUUUUUGUGUGUGUUGAACGCCCAGUAUGUUCUUGCUAUUUUCUAGAAUUGAUUUGAGAUUAUAUACAUAUUCAGAGGUGACUGUCUUGUUUUUUUAUUUUUUUGCUCUUUUUCUGAAUGUUAAUGCAUUUAAAUUAAAAUGCAUGUCUUUUAGAGUUCUGUGGAAACCCCAAAGCCCAUGGCACGCUAUUGUACAAACAGACACUUUGGUUUCAAAGUCAGACGGCUGGUCAACCUUUUUUUGUUGACUUUACUUUUAAUUAUUCGAGGUGUCCAUCCAUGCUGUAAACCUAGGGGGAAGGUGGAAAGGGCUACUGCAGAAUUUAGGUUAGGAUACCUACAUGGUUCUCUUUUUAUAUUGACUUUCAAUUUAUACACUAUAUUUACAACAGAUUAGCUUUGAAAUGUGCUAUUUUAUAUUCAGCAUUUAUUUUAUAUUAAGAUGUAUUCGCACAAAUCACUGAAAGACUAAUUUCCCUGUUUAAAAGCACAAAAACAUGUAUUUUUUUAAUUAGCUUGUUCUGUUUCAAAUGGUUUACAGCAAAGCUUUUGGUAAUAACAAAAAAAAUGAAGUUGGGUAGUCUUAAUGCUAUAAAGUAUGAAAUAGAAUUGGGUGUUUCAAGAAAGAGCAGACAAAGAACAUCAGGUAAAAAAGAAAGGGGGAAAAUUAGGAAGGUAGUGGAAGGGCAUAUUCCAGUACAAAAUGAAAAUUGAUCAUUCAUGAUAAUCUGUGUACAGAGGCAUCACUUAUAUUCUUGUAUUGAGGAAUGUCUUUAUGUGUUCUGUGUAAACUAUCUGAGCUUGUGGGACUUUUUUUUUUCUUUUAUUCAACAUUAAUAUACUGUUUUGUAUUAAAAAAAUAAAAUGAUUGUACUAUA